AAAUGUCAUAUUGUAAAAUUGAAUAAUUUCUUAUCAUAUGAUCCAAGAAAGUGAUCCUCAAAUUAGUUUUUAAUUUGAAGCACAUUUAAUUUUAUUUAAAAUUUAAUAUAAAAAUAGUUAAAGAACCAUACGAACGUAAAUUUUAACAUCAUGUUAAAUAAAUUAUUUUUAUUAAUGUGCGUUUGUGGCUUCGUUUGUAGCCAAAAUACUCCAGUUUUUAUAUGGGGCUCUUCAAGUGUCCCAUUUAAACCUGCUUUAAAAACUUUAAGUUCCAAUGAUUUUGGUGACAUAAUUUCAGAAAAAUUGGAUGAUUCAAUGGUGGUGUUAUUCUUAGAGAAUAAUUUACAAACUGCAGAUUUCUCACAAUGUAAAUUAGAAUCAGGUGACACAUGUUUUUCUAAUUUAAAAACAUUCCGAACUAAAACAUUUUAUGCUGAUGUUGUAAAACCAAUUGAAACUAUUAAAUCUCUUACAACUGAUGAUAAAAUUGAAAAUUUAGAUAUUUCGGAAGAUAAUAAAUUUUCUAAUAUUAAAUAUGAACCUGGUAAAAUAUUGAUUAUUCAGUUGAAUGAGAACAAUGAAGAUCGUUUCCAAGAUCUUAUUAAACAUGAUUCAAUUAUGGCUGAAAUCUAUAAUUUAUUAUCAGAGCAAGGAAAAGUUAUUGCUAUAUACACAAGUAUGGAAACCAAUGAACCAUUAUUAAAGAAUCGUAUAAAAAGACAAGCAAAAGCUGAAGCUAGUAAAAAAUUCAGUGGAAAAGCUGAUGAUGUUGGUAUUUUAUUAUAUUUUGGAGAAAUAAUUUUCAAUAAAGAAACACUUGAUAUAACUGAAAUGACAUUGAAUAAAGAGAGUUCAUCAAAAAGUGAUAUUGAUGUUACAUUAAAAUCAAAUAAAGGUGAUAUUAAAUUUGUUGUAACAGAAUCCGGUGGAUAUUGGAAUGUUAAUGAAAUCAGUUUAGGAACAGAUAACUUUUUAGCUGAUGUUGAAUCACAAAUAAAUUUUUCAUAUUUUUGCGGAAAUUUAACUUUAUAUAGUGGUGAUAAAGCAAUUAUUUUUUCAAAUUUACAAUUACAAGCAUUUUAUAAAGAAGAACCAACAAAAUUCGGUGAUCCAUGGCAUUGUGUUGGUUUUAUAUCUGGUGGUAUUAUUAGUGGAUUAUUUGUUGCUUUAAUGUUUAUAAUUAUACUUAGUAUUGGUAUAACAUGGUUAAUGGAUAUUCGUACAAUGGAUCGUUUUGAUGAUCCAAAAGGAAAAACUAUAACAAUCAAUGCUACAGACUAAAAUACAGAUUUAAUUAUACAUAUAUAUAUUUUUUGCAAAACAAAAUUAUAUUAUUGUUAUAUUUUUAUUUUUAUUUUAGUCUUUUCUUAACAUUAUUUUCCAAAUAGAACGCAAGACUAUUUCUAAAUUCUAAAACUAUUUCUAAAUUCGUUUAAAUAAUAAUUUGUGAACUGAUUUUCAGUAUUUUUUAAAAAGCUCUGAUGCAAAUAUAAUA